CGGCGUGUGUCACGUUGCGUGGGACAGUCAGGAACACAUUCACAACAAUGUGGCAGAAUCUUUGGAAUUGGAACUAACAGUCCUGAGGAUACUCCAGAGCUGUGAUAAUGAAUGGAAAACUCAUCCCUCAUACUCCACUGGCUGUGGACUUCUGGCAGGUUAGGAAGUGUCCGCAUGUCCGCCUGUUCUUCCUGUCCCAUAUGCACAGUGACCAUACUGUGAGCCUGACCUCGACCUGGGCCAACAGACCAAUCUACUGUUCACCGGUUACUGCCACGCUGCUCAAACUCAAACUACAGGUCGGAGAGAGAUGGAUCCAUCCUCUGGAGGUAGGGGAACCCAACACGUUGCCUCUGGAUGAUAUAGGCAAGGAGAGGUUGACCGUCACUCUCAUGGAUGCUAACCACUGUCCAGGGGCCGUCAUGUUCCUGUUCCAAGGAUACUUUGGCACCAUACUCUACACUGGAGAUUUUCGCUACACUCCUUCCAUGCUGCGUGAGCCGUGUCUAAGGACCAACACCACUAUAGAUGUCCUGUACCUGGACAACACUAACUGUGAUCCCACACGCACCCUGCCCUCCAGACAACGAGCCACUCAGCAGAUCAAAGAGAUCAUCCGUAGCCAGCCCAAGCACAAUGUUGUCAUUGGCCUCUACACUCUGGGUAAGGAGUCUCUAUUGGUACAGCUGGCCAUGGAGUUUAAGACCUGGAUUGAAGUGUCCAUCGAGAGGCUAAAGACCCUCAGAGCCCUGGAGCUACCAGAUGUCUUCACCACUGAGCCAGGGGCGGGUCGGAUCAGGGCCGUGGACCAGUCAGAGAUCCGCUCCACCAAUCUCCUCCGUUGGAACAGGGAACACCCCACCCUGGCCAUCCUACCCACCAGCAGACCCCUGGUCUCCUUCCAUCCUAACAUCCACGUGGUGCCUUACUCUGACCACUCCUCUUACCAGGAACUGGAGGACUUUGUCUCGGCCCUGCAGCCCACCUCCCUGGUCCCCAUCGUGGGCAGACUUACCUCUGGCAUCCCCUCCUUCUCUGCCCUGCUGCCUAGGAGAAAACGCCACGAAGUCCUGGUUCCCGAGUCAGUCCGGCGCUACAUGAAGGGCCGGCCCGAGUUGCCGGUUCAAGACCCUGGUCAGUCCAGCUUCCUGGGUUACAGUAACCUGCUGCGGAGGCCUAUCCGACCCCCUCCACCCAGAGGGGUGGUGUUUGAGUCCCCCCCUAAGGCCCCCUCCAGAGACUCCAGACCUGGGUCGGUGGUGGACGAAGCCUGGGAGACAGGGUCCAUGGAGCAUCCUCAUCAGGAGGAAGAGAUGGACACUGACUUGGAUGCAGAUAAAGAUGGAGAAGAUUCAGACUGUAUACUGAUGGAUCUGAGUAAAGACCACAGCCCUAACAAAGACACAUGGCCCAACCCCAGCCUGACCAGAGACCCCAGCCUGACCAGAGACCCCAGCCUGACCAGAGACCCCAGCCUGACCAGAGACCCCAGCCUGACCAGAGACCCAAGCCCCAGCCUGACCAGAGAUCCCAGCCUGACCAGAGACCCCAGCCCCAGCCUGACCAGAGACCCCAGCCCCAGCCUGACCAGAGACCCCAACCCCAGCCUGACCAGAGACCCCAGCCUGACCAGAGACCCCAGCCUGACCAGAGACCCCAGCCUGACCAGAGACCCCAGCCUGACCAGAGACCCCAGCCUGACCAGAGACCCCAGCCCCAGCCUGACCAGAGACCCCAGCCCCAGCCUGACCAGAGACCCCAACCCCAGCCUGACCAGAGACCCCAGCCUGACCAGAGACAGAGCCCCAUGGAGCCUGAAUCUGGUCCACAGGGUCUCAGAGAACCUGGAUUUGGAGGAGAGUGUCCCUUUCAGUCAAUUCACCCAGAGUAACUUCACACUCAUGGAGGUCCUGAGAAACACUGCCAUUUCACUGAGGCCCAGAGCUAUGAAUGACUGGACUGGCUCCACCACGCUGGGGGACGGGGACAGGGCUGUCUCUCUGUUGUGCCUAUAUUGGGUGAAUGACAGGACUGGCUCCACCACGCUGGGGGACGGGGACAGGGUACACAGACUCUGCAUGCAUAACUGA